AUGGCGUUCGCGGAGAUUCGCAGCGACAGUUGCCGUGCGGCAUUUAAACAACAUUGGUGUCUAUUUGAAUGCGAAGAGAGAGGGAUAUGGGAGACUUGGUUGUGCACGAAAGAGAAACAGAAGUGGAAGAAUAUUGGAUGUUUGCGCGCCGGCGUGCGGCGUGGCUGGAGAUGGCUUUUCAAAAUUUUCGCGUAA